GGAUAGUGCACUCUGCAUUGGCUUUUUCGCCUUGCUACCACGAAGAUCCCUUCUACCACCCAUACGUUCCAAAUGUGCAGGUGGAAGCAGAUCCUGAAUGGUUGGCGAAAUAAGCAAUGUUAGCUUUGUCUGUCCCUUUAAAGGGAUAGAUGUGACGGCAACCCCAUUUAAGGAGUUUAGUGCCAAACCUUGUCAGGCGCUUGGGGUUCCGAAAGGGCGGGUCUGGAGAGCGUUGAAGGAUAAAGCGGAAGCUCGUCAGCUAGAUCGCAUUUUUGCCGAACUUAAGGGUGUCAAAGACGAAGAGCGGAUUUGUGCUGGACACUAUGCGUUCUUAAGCGAGCUAUGUAGGUCACCACGAAAGCAGCGCGAGGUAGAAGAGUAUUUAUCAAGGCAUGGUACGCCAAAGCAUGGCAAGAGACGGGGGAACGAUGCGGGAGGAACAGUUCGGCGGCCGACACCUAUGAAUGGUGAUGGUCUGGUUACCAAAAGUCCGCCUCCGCCAAGUGCGAGGGAGAGACGUCCUUCGACACCGAACCCAAAUUCUACAAAGGAGAAAAAAGCGACCAAUGGCGGGACGAGUGUCGGAGUAAAUAAGAGGGCAGAAGCCCGAAGUCGAGCGGACAGCGAGGCCUCCAAAGCUUCCGUAGAUGGAGGCCCAUCUAAAGCAGCUCCAGCUUCUAGUAUAGGACGAAAAGCGGGAGCAAAAACGUCAUCCACAAGAGUAACAUCGUCCACUCCUCCUCCCGGCCGCAGGAUAUCUCCAUCCACAUCUCCCACUCGGCCUAGCGGACGCGGCCGUGUUCAGGCAAUUGCGGCCAUAUUUGCUGGUCCUCAAGAAUCCGGUCAAAGCUCUCCUGCGAAACCGGCAACAAGGAUACGGAAACCACCAUCACAGUCGCCGAUAACAACGACACCUGUAGGAAAUGGCAAGAUUGAGGAUCAUCUUACUGAGAUAAGCCAUGACAACGAAACUCUUCGACAACGUGUUGCACAGCUGGAGGCACUUCUCGAGAAAACCAAGCAUGAUGCCGAGUUGCAAGAGGGAGAAUUGGCGGAGGCUGUCCUUCAACGGGAGGUUUUAGCGUCAGUGAGAGACGAGCUGAUGAAGCAACUUCAGGAUAUGGCAGGAAACGCAAGCAAGACAACAUUGCAGUUUGAGGAGUUCGAGACACUAAGCCGGAAUCUUCGCGACACUACGCAACGCUUUGAUGCUGCAAAGCAGGAGCUUGAUACCCUACGCGGAGAGCUAGUUAGUGCACUCGCCCAACGAGACGGACAGGAACGAAAUCGACAGGAACUCGCACGGGAAUUAAAACGAGUAGAGAGUCGGGAAAGAGAGGCCAGCCGACGAGCCCAGCAAUUGGAACAACAAGUUGAGGAGCUGCAGAAGGCAUUGAAAUCCAGCAUGGAGGUGGAAUCGGCCAGGACGGUAGAUCUUGCAGAGCAAAAAGAUACUGAAAUUAGUAGAUUAGAAAACACUCUAGCAAAGCAAAAGGACGAGUUCUUGCAUCAUAUCGAACAGAUUGAGGAGCAAACACAACUUCAUCGUCAGCAAUGGGAAAGGGAACUACAAAUCGCGCGUGAAGAAACGGCGCUGAAAACCGAGGAAGUGGAACAACUUCGGCGGCAACUGGAAGAUUCACAGACCAAUGAGGAUACUAUUUCACUCAAUCAAAUCAGCGAAGAAAGAGCCGUAAAGAUUGUAAAACUAGAAGAACGUAUUUUGGAGCUGGAAAGUCUCGUGGCAAAACAAGCCGGUACCGGAAACAGAGAGGAUUCGUCACCACAAUCCGAACAGGGUAUGACAUCGAUGACGAUAAACGAUGGGUCGAUGUACAUGCAGCAGUUAAAUGUAUUGCGCACUGAAUUGGCGACGAUGGGUACCCGCUACGAUGAUUUGUCCGCUGCCCGCGAUGGAUUACAGAAGGAAGUGGAAGACGCAAGAAGGCGCUUGGCUGAGAUAGGUGCAACGAUCGUGGAGAAGGAUCAAACCAUUCAUGAUUUAAAGCGGCAACUCAAUCGGUGGUCUGAUACCAGCAAUAACAGCGGGCUAUCUCAGGUUCUUGAGGAGAACCAGCGUUCGUCGCCAAAACUUGGCGGAUCCGGCUUGACACGAGUGCCCUCUAGUACUGGGAUGCAGAAUGGACGAGCAAGUUGGGUGCUACCAGAAGUACCUGCUUCAGUUCAUAAUCCAUUGUUGAGUUCUUAUUUGUCAUCUGAAGCGCCUCAAAAUGAGGUGACUGGCGGCGAGUAUAGCGCAAUCAAUGUUGUCCAGUCUCCGGCUGGAAAUUCACAAUCUCCAGACGAGGAAGACUACUUCUCGCAACCCUUAAGCCCAAAGCCUAUUCGAGGAACUGCUGCUCGACAUUCUCAACCCGGACCCGACAUGUUACUACUCAAACGAUACCCAAAUGGUCCCCAUCCCCUGCGAUAUCCACCAAUGCGUCCUCCCUUUGUGCCCCUUCCGCGAUCAACUUCCGCGCCUCCCCCGGAAGGGGAUGACGCAAAGCCACCGUUAAGAACCAGAAUAUCUGCCGACACUAUUCGGUUAGCGCACGGGGACGUUCUGCCAACCAUCCUUGCGGAUCUGGAUACGGACAGUAUGACAGAUGGCGAGUUUGGGUUCCUUCGAUUGCCCAUUCUUGCAGGUGAAUUUGAUAUCACGUCAUAUUUCCUUGACCUGUCGAGGAAAGAGUUGGCUGGAUUUCCCUCUACCGUCCAAGUCAAUCUUGCAAAUCUGACGCAUCUCUAUCUCGAUCGAAACCGCUUGAUCGAGUUUCCCACAAUUAUUUUCAAUGAGAUGCCGAAACUACUGGUCUUGAAUCUAACAGGAAACCAACUUGAACGGAUUCCAAACGACAUAGCGAAUCUAUGUCAACUUCGAGAGCUCUACCUAGCAGAGAAUGCGAUUUUCGAUGUAGGCCAUGGCAUAGGAAAGUUGAGAAAGUUGGAGGUUUUGGACUUGAGCAGAAAUCGAAUCACAAAUCUACCCUUUUCGCUAUUCAAGCAUACCGAGUCUCUGGAAUGUGUCGAUUUGUCACAUAAUCACCUCCGAUUCUUACCGCCGUCUCUAGGACUUCUGCAUAGGACUUUGAAAGGCCUAUUUCUGAUGGACAAUCCCCUGGAGCCAACUUUCGCCAGGGGUAUCGUCCAAACUUUGCUGAAUGUCGAUGUUGAUGCAGCGAAAGCUGUCAUGGAGGCAAAUACAUCUGAUCGAGCCGCGGAAGCUGAAAGAAUGCUACGAAGAAUUUAUGCAAUGAACGCUGAAAAGGGGGACCGUCUAAGCUAUGGAAGUCUAUUAUCAAAUAAAAGUACCAGCCAAUUAGGCGAAGAGGGGGAUCGCGAAGGCGAUGAUGCUGAUACCAGGAAGAGGCUUCCAAGUGCGGAUAGCGGAGUCGGAUGGGCGAAACGAACUGGCGACCUUAGCGCAUCGCCUGAAGCGUAUCCACUGAUCAGGAGCGUUACAGACAGCUCCAUAUCAUCAGGGUAUUCUGAGUACCUUCCCCCGGCCCGUUUCGGUUCCCGACUAAGUACUGAGCUUUCGUAUAGCUUGAUUGAGGAGUUUGCACGACCGAUACGGCUACGAUGCGAGGGUCACUCGGAGAAGGCACUUCAGCGGCUGCUUUCCUUUCUCCGGGACGUCCAUGACCUUGAUCCCAACUCAGCUCACCAUCAAGUUCAAGAGACUCAACCAUAUACCUCGUCGUUCUCUUCAUUGGCUGACGAGCAGGUGCCUUCUGUGAAACCCCCAUCCACGACGUCCCUGGAGAGAAGAGCCCGAGUUAUUGGUGAAAUGGUGGCGACGGAGAAGACCUAUGUUCGAGAGUUACAAAAUCUUGUGGAGUUGUAUAUGAAUAGGAUGCAAAAAGAACAAUGGCUGAGUCAAAGGGACAUGGAUGCGCUCUUCGGCAACGUAAAAAGCAUUCUGAUGAUCCAUCGGGACCAUCUCUUACCGGACUUGAUAAAAAAGAGCAAUCAACAAUCGCAGCCCAUCGGGUCUGUCUUCUUGGCCAUUGCACCAUUCCUGAAGAUGUAUUCACAAUAUUACAACAAUUUUGAUACGGCAAAUACGUAUUUGUCCCAACUGGAAGCAUUCGCUACUUCGUCAUCCACUACCUUUUCAAGCACGUCCGGAUCUCCAUAUCCAUCUUCCCCUACCGUAUCGUCGAGAAUGUCAUCGGGAGCGUCACUGGGAUCAGUUUCAAUUAGCCCAACGCCUACACCUUUCGCGUUGAAGAAGCCGAUAAUCAAGAAAAUCCGUCACUUCUUACGACAUGUCAAGGAGCAUCCUCAGCAUACGCAGAUGAGAUACAAGAGUAUAUUUAUAGUCUAUACUGGAAGAUUUCUACAUCAAUUCAUUGGUUCUGCGAUACUUGUACCAAUCAUAACUAGUAAAGCUAGUAGGCACUACUAUAAGAUGUAA